AUGACGACCAUUCACCACGAGCAGAUGCUGCAGGAGCACGUGUCCAUGGAGUUCUCCAGCUCCACCACCCACGUGCAGACCUUCUCCCAGACAACCAGGAUCGUGGGAGAGGAAGUCGUGACAAGGAAGUCCUCGAGCACUGCAGAGUUCUUCAGCUUGGUGACUCGGAGUACUGACAUCCCUGCAGGCGAGAGCGUCCCCGAGUUCGUGGAGAAGCCUCACCCGGUCACCGCGCCCGAGGGGGAUAAAGCUGUGUUCCGAGCCCGGGUGCAGGGGAACCCCAAACCCAACAUCUCCUGGAAGAGGGAGAGCGGCAUCCCCAUCAAGGAGUCGGCCAAGAUGUUCUACGACAGCAUCAACAAGGAGCACGUGCUGAAGCUGGAGCCACUGACCUCCGAUGACUCUGACAACUACAAGUGCAUUGCAAGCAAUGACCAUGCAGAUGCCAUCUACACUGUGUCCUUGCUGGUGACAGAAGGUCAUGAAAAAAUGGAUUUCAAAAAGAUGUUGAAGAAGAGGGGACUCCCUGCUCCCAAGAAGAAGCAGAAGAAAGGGAUUGGUGAGAAAGAGAUGCUGGAGAUUUUGUCCAAGGUACCCAAGAAGGACUUUGAGAAGGUCUGCAUGGAGUAUGGUUUCACUGAUUUCCGGGGGCUGCUCAAGAAGCUCAAAGAGAUGAAGAAAGUGGAGGUGGAGACCAUCCGGAUUCUGAAGCCCCUGGAAGACAUAGAGACCAAGAUUGACACCACUGUGAUCUUUGACUGCAUCAUGGAGCUGAAGGACCCCAAUGUCAAGAUGAUAUGGAUGAAGGAUAAUGAGCCACUGAGGAUCCAGUACUCCCUAGGCAAGUAUGAUGUGAAGCAGAUAGGCACCAAGUACAUGCUGGUUAUUACCAAUGUGAACAUGAGCGACGCAGGAACCUACAGCCUGUCCGUGGGUGACAAGAAGAUGAGAGCAGAGCUCACAGUGCUGGAUGAGCCGCUGAAGUUCUUGGGAGAGAUGACACCAAUGAAGGUGACAGAGCGCCAGACAGCUGUUUUUGAGAUCCGCCUCUCCAAGAAAGUGCCCAACUUUGUGUGGAAGUUCAAUGGGAAGGAGCUGAAGAGGGAUGAAAAGUAUGAAAUCACAGUGUCUGAGGAUGGUCUGACCCACACACUUAAGAUUAAGGAUGCCAGACUCAGCGAUGCCGGCGAGUUCUCUGCUGAGGCGGGGGACCUGGUACAGAAAGCCCAGCUCACUAUUGACCGCAUCCCCAUCAAGUUUGUGAGAACCCUAAAGAACGUACGUGUGAAAGAGAGGAGCCGUGCAUGCCUUGAGUGUGAGCUGACCUCCAAGGACGUGACGCUGUACUGGAAGAAGGAUGGGCGGCUGCUGGAGCGCAGCACCAAGUACAGCAUGAGCCAUGAGGGCAAGCGAGCAGAGCUGGUCAUUGAGGACGCACAGCUCAGUGACAGUGGCGAGUACACCGUGGUGGCCAUGCAGGACGGAGACCCCACUGAAUACUACAGUACUGCUGUGGUCACCGUGGAGGAGCGUCUGGCCACGGUGAAGAGCGGGAUGUCCGACGUGCAUGCGGCCACCGGGAGCCCAGCUGAACUGUGCGUGGUGCUGAACGAUGAGAAGGUGGAGGGCGUGUGGUUCAAGGAUGGCAAGGAGAUCACGGACUUGCCCGGCGUGCAGAUCGUGAAGCAGGGUGCAGUGCACAAGCUCAUCUUCCCCAAUAUGGGCCCGGAGCACGAGGGCAAGUACACCUUCCGGGCCAAGGGCGCCGAGAGCGAGGCCUCCGUAUUCAUUGCAGAUCCACCUACCAUCGACCCGUCGGUGCUGGAGGCGCUGGCCGCGCACCCCGUGACUGUGAAGGUGGGCCACACGGCAAACAUCAAGGUGCCCUUCCGGGCGAAGCCGCUGCCCAAAGUGACGUGGUACAAGGACGGCAUGGAGGUGACAGAAGAGGAACGUGUGUCCAUGGAGCGCGGGGAAGACCAGGCGCUGCUCACCAUCUCCAACUGCGUGCGUGAGGACAGUGGCCUCGUUCUGCUCAAGCUCAAGAAUGACUACGGCACAGCCACAGCCACUCUGCACCUCAGCGUGCUGGACCGUCCGAAACCUCCCCAGGGCCGGGUGGAAUUUCUGGAACUCUCGGGUAAUUGUGUGCACAUGAAGUGGAAGGCCCCCAAAGACAACGGUGGGCGGCCUGUGACCCAGUUCAUAGUGGAACGGAGGAUGGUCGGCAAGAAGUCUUGGAUUAAGAUAGGCGAGGUGGACAGCAAACUCACGAAAUUUGCCACCAACAAGGUAGAAGAGGGAAAAGCCUACCAGUUUCGUAUCCUGGCGGUUAAUUCAGAAGGAGUGAGCGACCCUCUGGAAACAGAUGAAGUGUUUGCAGGAAAUCCCAUUGAGCCCCCUGGUCUUGCCUCCCAGCCUCAAGUGACUGAUGUGACCAAAGACAGCAUGACCAUCACAUGGAAUGCCCCUACCCAGGAUGGGGGAGCCCCAGUGCUCGGCUACAUUGUGGAGCGGAGGAAGAAAGGCAGUAGCCUCUGGGUGCCGGUCAACAAGGAGCCCAUCCAAGAUACCAAGUGCACUGUGGAUGGUCUCCUGGAAGACACAGAAUAUGAAUUCCGAGUUAUAGCUGUGAAUAAGGCAGGCCCUGGACAGCCCAGUAUGGCAUCCAACUCAGUGGUAGCCAAGGACCCUGUCAAGCCCCCAGGCCUGGUGCAGGGUCUGCACGUGUCUGAUUCCUCCAACUCCAGUAUCUCCCUGGCCUGGCGGGAGCCUGCAGAGGGAGACCCACCUUCUGGCUACAUCCUUGAGAUGCGGGCUGAAGACACUAAGGAGUGGUCCAAGUGCACAAAGAUCCCCAUCUCAGGCACCUGCUACACAGUGGGAGGCCUCACCGAGAGGCAGAAAUACUUCUUCCGAAUCCGGGCUGUGAAUGAGGCUGGGGUUGGGGAGCCUGUGGAACUGGAUGAGGGGGUUCGUGCCAUGCCACCACCAGCUGCCCCCAAGUUUGACCUCAGUGCCCGACUGAAGAGUCACAUGGUAGUUCGUGCUGGGACAGCCCUCUGCAUCCAUGCUGCCUUCUCUGGCUCACCACCACCUAACGUGAUCUGGCAGAAAGACGGCAUCCCCACCAAGGGCAGGGAAACCAUCACCAAGGGCAAAAACCAUUCUCAGUUCCUCAUCAACAGCACCAAGCGCUCUGAUUCAGGGGUGUACCGCAUCUUGCUCCAGAAUGAGUUUGGAGAGGCAUCCUAUGACAUCCACGUGCGUGUGGCAGAUUUUCCGCGGCCGCCCACCAACCUACAGCUGUUUGAGGAGGUCCCCAACACGGUGACUCUGACCUGGAACCACAGCCCUGACGUGCAGGAGGAUAGUGAGGCCCACUACGUCAUCAUGAAGCGGGAUGCCAGCAGCCCCACCUGGUUCACAGCAGCGGAGCGCGUCUUCAGCAACAAGUACACGGUGACCGGGUUACUCCCUGGCAGGAAGUACUACUUCCGAGUAGUGGCCCGGAACGAAAUCGGUGACAGUGACCCACUCGACUCCAAGGAUACCUGGCUCAUCGUCAAGGACAAGAUCGAGGACCUGAGCGCCAAGCUGAAGCCGUAUGAGCAGAAGGACUGGCGCCACGCACCGCGCUUCCUGAUCCCGCUCAAGCCGCACACGGUGCUGCGCGGCCAGGACUGCACCAUGACGUGCGCCUUCCUUGGGAACCCGCGGCCCACGGUGACCCUCUACAAGGGCGACGUCAACAUCACGGCCAACUCCAAGUUCUGGUACAACUCCACCAGCGGGGUGUGCACGAUCGUCAUCCCCACCUGCACGCUCAAGGACAGCGGGGAGUACAGCGUGCUGGUGCAGAACGAGCUGGGCAAGGACCGCAGCAGCUGCGCGCUCACGGUCUACGACAAGGAUGACAAGUCAAUUCUAGCGUCAGUCACCGAGAGUCUGCAGAAGAAGUCCAAGCACCUUAUGUGAUCUCCGGCCCAGCCCAGGCAUCACGAGGAUGUUGUUAUAGGUGGUUUCUGGGCCUAUCCUGUGUGUGUCCCCAGUGACGGUGGCCCAGUUCGCUCCCUGGUGCUUGUCAGUGAAGUCAUGGGACAAUAAACUAAGCUCACCCCUGCCUGUUCCUGAGGUUGGCAUGGAGUAGGGACCAAGGAUAUGGGCUUGGGAGUGGAUGGGGAUACAGAGGACACACACCCCCAGAGCUUAGUCCAAACCCACCCGCAUUGGGGGUGACCAGCCGCUUUUUGACUGGGCCUUGGCUUGCCUUCCCCUCCUCUGCAGCGACA